AUGUCAGAUUCUUUGGCAAAUUUCUAUCAAACUUUAAAUGCAAUCACCAUGUGGACAAGUCGUAUCAUUCCAAUUUUUCAGAUAGUCUUUGGAACCUUUGGAAAUAUCUGCAAUAUUAUUAUAUUUACUCGCCCAGCAUUACGUACUAAUCCAUGUUCAAUGUACUUUUUAGCUGGGUCAAUCAAUAAUACCAUUGCAAUUUAUUUCACAAUAUUUGUACGUUAUAUGAUAGAAGCUUGGAAUUUAGAUAUAACUCUUACCAGUGUUUUUAUAUGUAAAGUACGUCAAUAUUUGUCAUCUACUGCUAUGGCUCUUUGUUCAUGGUUUAUCGUAUUGGCCAGUAUCGAUCGAUUCCUAUCGAGUUCAAAAAGCGUACGGCUUCGUCGAUUGAGUAGUGUAUCCAUAGCUCGAAAAGUUAUUAUACUCACUAUUAUAAUCAUGUUAGCCCUUUAUUCAACGGUAUUGAUUAUUUAUGAGAUUGCUGUAACUUAUGGACAAAGGGUUUGUACUAUAACAUCAAUCAAUUAUUUUAUUUAUUACACUGUUGAACCGUUCAUUAUGGGUGUUAUACCAGUCAUAUUACAGAGCAUCUUUGGCGCUUUAAUAGUUCUCAAUGUCCGCAGUAUGCACAAUCGUGUCGUUCCUAUAGCAGACAAUGCACGAAAUGAACGACAGCGUUCAAAUGAUCGUCAAUUAGUUAAAAUGCAUUUAAUACAAGUAUUGAUUGCUAUUCUUCUCUUAAGCCCUUAUGCUAUACAAGUUACGUACUAUUCAAUUACUGUAACUAUGCUAAAGCGACCGUUACCAAUGUUUGACCAGGCUAUCUUUGUUUUCACAUUGAAUUUAGAGCGAUUUUUUGCCACUACCAAUCCUGUUAUCAGUUUUUAUCUUUAUACUUUGACAGGGCCUAAGUUUCGUAGUGAAUUCAAACGCUGUAUUCAAAAUGGAUUACAAGUUACUCUUACAGCAACUGACUUAAUACGAUAUGUACCGAUAAGAGUUCAACCAAUAGUACAAGGUGGAAAUCAAACAAAUACUACUACCAGUCAACCUAAAAGAACUGGAAGAGGAAAUAAUGUUCAACCUAUUCAACGGCAAUAA